AUCUAUCCUGGUUAAAAAUGAGAGCCGUUUUGUGAACCGGGAAAACCGGAGUUGAGCUGCCAACCUCGCCCAUUUACUGCUUUCAUUUUCUGUCGUAGAGUAGUUUUAUUCAUUGUAUUUCGGCGGAAUGUUUGGUUAAAACAAGCCUGAGUUGAGUAGCUUGUGUUAGCGGCGCGGUCCUCGGUGUGUGUCAGUUGUCGCUGCUCCGUGUUUCUUGUUGCUUCUUUGUUUGCUGUCUUACGGUGACGCGCCUGCGUGCCCGCGCUCUUUAUUACACAGGUGCGCUCAGUGAUCCCAGCCCGCGAGCGGACGAACUGGGCGAGUAACAGGAUGAUAUGACAGCUGCAGCGGAGAGCCCCGUGAACAUGGAGGAGUUUUUCAAAAAGGUGGGGGAGGUGAGAAGCCUCAUUGAAAAAAUCUCCUGUCAAGCAGAGGAGCUGAAGAGAAGACACGGUGCCAUCCUCUCGUCCACAAAGCAAGACAAACGAAACAAAGAGGAACUGGAGCUGCUGAACAUGGAGACAAAGAAGAACGCAGACCUGGUCCAAUCCAAGUUAAAAUCAUUGGAGACCAACUGGCCUGUGGACGAGAACAGUACCAAUCUUUCAGUGCUCCAUCGUAUUCAGAAGAACCAGCACUCACACCUGACUCGCUGGUUUUCUGAUGUCAUGAGGGGUUACUACAAGGCUCAGAUCUCCUUCAGAGAGAAAUGCAAGGCACAGAUUCAGAGGCAGCUGGAGAUUGUGGACAAAGUGACCACAGAUGAAGAAUUGGAGGAGAUGCUGCUUCGAGACAAUCUCUCUAUCUUCAUAUCUGAUAUCAACUCUGACGCUCGGAUUUCAAGCCAGGCUCUGAGUGAGAUUGAAUAUCGUCACCAGGACAUCAUCUCCCUCGAGUCUAGUAUUCAGGAGCUGCAUGAAAUAUUUACUGACACUGCCACGCUGCUGGAGAUUCAGGGGGAGCUAAUAAACAACAUAGAAAAAAACGUCACAAGUGCUGCAGAGUAUGUAGAUGCAUCAAAAGCAGAAAUCGGAAAAGCGGUGGUAUACAAGAAACAUCCAACCAAGAUAGCGUCUCUCCCCAACUUCUUCAAGGCUUUUAAGAGACACAGCAUUGACAAAGGUGAUGCUGAUCGCAACUCCUCUGACUGAAACCAGGACCGAACCCCUUAAUGUUGACUGCACCACACAGUCCGAUCAGCAUCAAAGCCUUUUCUCUGCCCGAUGGAAAACACUUUCAUCUGACUCAUGGUGCCUGUCUGCCCCUCAGGCUCCUUCUUCCUUCUGAAGGAUAUCACCCAAGCCAUUGUUUUGAACUUUAAUAGUGAACGUGAACUUCUGUAAAAAUAAAAAUGUCAGAUGAAGUGAAAAGGCUGCGGACAAACCUCGCAAGGCAGCAGUCACCUGAUGAUGUGUGUGGACUCACAAAAGGACAAGUGCAGCUGAAGUCGAAUGAAACCACAAAAUGCCCUCAUGUUCACUUCCCAGCUAAUGUUUAGAUUUUCUGUUUUUCCAUUUCCCACAUGGCAAUGUUGUUAAAUAUAAAUGAGUCUUUUUAUGCGAAACAACUCCUGGGUUGACCUGCUCAGCUCACUCAGUCAGCCAGUAGAUGGCAUGGUAAUGUUACUCUCGAUGCAGAUCCAACCGUUAUUGCUUCCUUUCUGCAGUGCUGCUGAACACUGGUGCCUUUUUUUCUGAGAAACUGUGCUGUUCCUUCAAUAAUGUGAUGACUGUAAAAAGCAAUGUCUGUAGGUAAGCUCACUAAUGCCUCGCUCAUGCCAAUCCUAAAGAAAUAAACCUCUGUAAUGAAUUCUA